AUGUCGUCCCAAACCCGCCUCACGCAGCCAUUUGGCAAUCUCGAUAUGUCGAAUAACAAGGAUCCGGUGAUCAAGUCGAUCAACGAGACAAAAGCAGAGUACCGCCGAUUGGGCAAAUCUGGUCUUCGUGUGUCCAUGCCCAUCUUCGGUACCAUGAGCUUCGGUGACCCUGCUUGGCAGCCGUGGGUCAUUAACGAGGAAGCGGCCCUACCAUUGCUGAAAGCAGCAUACGAUCGUGGUUUGACCACCUGGGAUACGGCCAACGUGUACAGCAAUGGUGUCAGCGAGGAGAUCAUUGGCAAGGCGAUCAAGAAGUUUGAUCUACCGCGCAACAAGCUCGUCAUAUUGUCAAAGUGCUACGGCUAUGUCGGCGAGGAUCCCUCAAUCCGUGGCAUCGCUUAUGGUCAAGCAAUUGGAGCUAGCAAAGACUACGCGAACCGUGGAGGUUUGUCUCGCAUCGCCAUCUUCGAGGCAGUGGAAGCUUCGUUGAGAAGGCUGGAUACGCCGUACCUUGACCUGCUGCAGAUCCACAGGUACGAUCCUUAUACGCCGUACGAAGAAACCAUGGAAGCUCUCCACGACCUGGUACGAAGCGGCAAAGUCCACUACAUCGGUGCAUCGAGUAUGUUCGCCUACCAAUUCGCACAAUAUCAGUUCGCGGCCGAGAAGAACCACUGGACCAAGUUCAUCUCCAUGCAGAACCACUAUAACCUACUCUACCGCGAAGAGGAGCGCGAGAUGAACAAGUUCUGUGACGAGACUGGUGUAGGUCUGAUCCCAUGGGCACCACUCGCUCGAGGUCAUUUGGCCCGAGCACCCGAACAAUUCGGCUCCACGGUCCGCAGUGAAGGCGAGAGCAAGAAUCCAGCAUUCAAGCAGCAGGAGAGUGACAAGGAGAUUAUUAAGCGUGUGCAAGAGAUUGCGGAGAAGAGGGGCUGGAAGAUGAGCCAUGUUGCUCUGGCGUGGAUCAACAAGAGGAUCAGCAGUCCUAUCAUCGGGUUCUCCAGUAUUGCUCGUAUUGAUGAGGCGCUUGAAGCGAGAGGGAAGGAGUUGACGGAGGAGGAGGAGAAGUAUCUUGAGGAGCCGUACACCACCAGGGAUAUCCAGGGUCACUCGUAG